CGGCCUGGGCCGGAUUCGAGAGCUCACGCACAUGACACAACAACGGGAAGUGCGUUUUAAUAUAUAAGCCCUAGGCACUAGCGUGAAAUUGCUUCACUGUAACGUUUGUAUCGUGAUAAAAGCUAGACAACCGACAUCGUCGGAUAGAUCUCAACUUAAAAUUCAAGAUCACACACCACACCAGCACCUUCUCGUUCUCACUUGGAGAGAGGUUCACACUCAAAGAAGAAACGUUCACCUCUCUCAUUCAUCAUCCAUUCAGGCCUCGAACUCUUUGAAUCGACAUCCUCUUAUGGAGAACGCCUAUGCUAGAUCCGUCGCAGAGGUCUUGGAGUUCUUCGAGGUGGACCCAACAAAAGGUCUUACAGAUUCCCAGAUCUCAAAGUAUGCUAGAAUUUAUGGUAGAAACGUGCUGCCUGAAGAGAGAAGUACCCCUUUUUGGAAAUUAGUUUUGAAGCAAUUCGAUGAUUUGCUUGUUAAGAUAUUAAUUGCAGCAGCACUUGUUUCGUUUGUGUUGGCCUUAAUUAAUGGAGAGACAGGCUUAAUUGCAUUUCUGGAGCCUUCGGUUAUCUUGAUGAUAUUAGCUGCAAAUGCAGCAGUGGGAGUAAUUACAGAAACAAAUGCUGAGAAAGCUCUUGAGGAGUUACGGGCCUACCAAGCUGAUAUUGCAACUGUGCUGCGAAAUGGUUGCUUCUCCAUACUACCUGCGACAGAUCUUGUUCCAGGGGAUAUUGUAGAAGUUAGUGUGGGAUGCAAAAUUCCAGCUGAUAUGAGGAUGAUUGAGAUGCUAAGCAAUCAAUUACGUGUUGAUCAAGCAAUUCUUACAGGUGAGAGCUGCUCUGUUGAAAAAGAGCUUGAUUCCACUGUUGCUACAAACGCUGUGUACCAAGACAAGACAAAUAUUCUCUUCUCGGGCACAGUAGUGGUUGCUGGUAGAGCAAAAGCUGUUGUAGUUGGAGUUGGUGCCAACACUGCCAUGGGCAACAUACGUGAUUCGAUGUUACGAACAGAGGAUGAAGUGACACCAUUGAAAAAGAAGCUUGAUGAGUUUGGAACUUUUUUGGCCAAGGUUAUUGCAGGGAUUUGCAUGCUGGUAUGGAUUGUAAACAUUGGUCAUUUUCGUGACCCUUCUCAUGGUGGGUUAUUGAGAGGUGCAAUUCAUUACUUUAAGAUUGCAGUUGCUCUUGCAGUUGCAGCAAUUCCAGAAGGUCUUCCUGCAGUCGUCACAACGUGUUUGGCUCUCGGAACAAAACGGAUGGCUCGGUUGAAUGCUAUUGUUAGGUCCUUGCCAUCUGUUGAAACCCUGGGCUGCACCACAGUGAUCUGCAGUGACAAGACUGGUACUCUGACUACCAAUAUGAUGUCUGUCUCAAAGAUAUGUGUGUUUCAUUCUGUGCACCAUGGUCCUGUCACUGCAGAAUAUAGCAUCAGUGGAACAACAUAUUCACCAGAGGGAGUUGUAUUGGACAGUGCUGGGAUUCAGCUUGAUUUUCCAGCUCAGUUGCCUUGUCUUCUUCACAUAGCAAUGUGUUCAGCCCUUUGCAAUGAGUCUAUUUUACAGUACAAUCCUGACAAGGGAGAUUAUGAAAAGAUUGGUGAGGCAACUGAAGUAGCCCUCCGCGUAUUGGCAGAAAAGGUUGGCCUUCCUGGUUUCAAUUCCAUGCCUUCUGCUCUUAAUAUGCUAAGCAAGCAUGAGCGUGCAUCUUACUGUAAUCGCUACUGGGAGAACCAAUUCAAAAAGGUUGCUCUUUUGGACUUUUCUCGUGAUCGCAAAAUGAUGAGCGUCCUUUGCAGCAGAAAGCAAUUGGAGAUUAUGUUUUCAAAAGGUGCUCCAGAGAGUAUAAUUUCUAGAUGCACAAACAUUCUGUGCAAUGAUGAUGGUUCCACUGUUCCACUUACUGCAAAUCUUCGAACUGAGCUAGAGGCAAGGUUCCGCAGUUUGGCGGAAACAGAAACUUUGAGAUGCCUGGCUCUGGCCCUGAAACGGAUGCCCAUGGGUCAACAGACUCUCUCCUUCAAUGAUGAGCAGGACCUUACAUUUAUUGGGUUGGUGGGAAUGCUUGAUCCACCAAGAGAGGAAGUGAGAAAUGCUAUGAUUUCAUGCAUGACUGCUGGCAUCCGCGUUAUAGUUGUCACAGGGGAUAACAAGUCCACUGCAGAAUCUGUAUGUCGUAAGAUAGGCGCUUUUGAUCACUUAGUGGACUUUUCUGGGCACUCUUACACUGCUUCUGAGUUUGAAGAACUUCCAGCAUUACAACAAGCACUGGCAUUGCAACGCAUGGCACUCUUCACCAGGGUUGAACCUUCUCAUAAAAGAAUGCUGGUUGAAGCAUUGCAGCACCAGAAUGAAGUGGUUGCAAUGACUGGUGAUGGCGUCAAUGAUGCGCCUGCACUUAAGAAAGCAGACAUAGGAAUUGCCAUGGGAUCAGGGACAGCAGUUGCUAAGAGUGCUUCAGAUAUGGUUUUGGCUGAUGACAAUUUUGCUUCAAUUGUUGCGGCUAUUGCAGAGGGAAGGGCCAUAUACAAUAACACCAAACAAUUCAUCAGAUACAUGAUCUCUUCAAAUAUUGGUGAAGUUGUUUGUAUUUUUGUGGCAGCUAUGCUUGGAAUACCCGAUACCCUUGCCCCUGUCCAGCUGCUCUGGGUUAAUUUGGUUACUGAUGGCUUGCCUGCCACAGCUAUUGGUUUUAAUAAGCAAGAUUCUGAUGUGAUGAAGGUCAAACCUCGUAAGGUGAAUGAAGCAGUUGUUACUGGUUGGUUAUUCUUCCGUUAUCUGGUAAUUGGGGCUUAUGUUGGCCUUGCAACUGUUGCGGGUUUCAUUUGGUGGUUUGUUUAUUCUGAUAAUGGACCCAAACUACCAUAUGGUGAACUGAUGAACUUUGACACUUGUUCAUCAAGGGAGACAACAUAUCCAUGCAGUAUCUUUGAUGAUCGACACCCAUCAACUGUGUCAAUGACAGUUCUUGUUGUUGUUGAGAUGUUCAAUGCACUGAAUAACCUCAGUGAAAAUCAAUCUCUGCUCGUUAUCCCUCCUUGGAGCAAUUUAUGGCUUGUUGCUUCAAUUGUCCUGACUAUGGUCCUUCACCUGCUUAUUUUGUAUGUGCAACCACUAUCCAUUCUUUUCUCUGUGACACCGUUAUCUUGGGCUGAAUGGACUGUUGUCCUAUAUCUUUCAUUUCCUGUGAUAAUAAUUGAUGAGGUGCUGAAGUUCUUCUCAAGAAAUUCCUGUGGCACAAGGUUCAAUUUCAGAUUCAGAAGGCCUGAUGUACUUCCGAAGGAGUUGCGUGACAAGUAACGGUGUACAGCCUUUUGUUACCCAAAUUUUGCGUCCAUAGUGAUUCACACUGGAGACAUUUUUUUUCAAUGGUAUACCAGUUUUAAUGAAGUAUGAAGCACCCUUCCAUCAGCAUUGCAAAGAUGAAGCUACAAAUGGACAUAACCUCCACAAGCUCCGCAUAUACUCCAAUCUCACGGUUAUUUAUAAACUCAUCAGUUACAAUGACAGUUAUGUAUUCUGUUGUAACAUGGCUACGAGGAACCCUAUUCAUUUUUGGGGUGUUCACAUGUGAAUCUUCUAUUACAUUAACGAGUUGCUAAGGGAAAUCCCGGUUUUGGCAGCUAAAAAGAAAUACUUAUUUUACUGGGCAAAAAAACCAAUGAAUUUGUUAGGUUAUCCUCCGAAUUUGAGUGUGGCUUAUUCAAACAUCAGCAGGUGGUGAUAUGAGUUUCCCUUUCUAACCAUUUUCAUUUA